AUGGCAUCUGGCACCCGACAAGAGCGUGACGAUAUAACCAUGAACGCCCACACGCUGGAUGAGCUGCAGACGCAGAGCGACAAGCUGGCAGCAGCUGUUCGGGUGCUAGGCUAUAAUCUGCACUCGCAAGAGGCGUUCUCCUCCGAGGCUACGGGCGACAUACUAUCGGAGACAAAAGCGAAUAUUGCAAAGGCCAAAGCUGACAUCCUUGCCGGCUUGGAGGGCAUCCGGGCACUGCUAGACGGUCCAGACGAGUUCCUGAGCCGUCUCACCAUCCAGGUGCAGAUAUUGGCCUGCCUGAAAUGGCUUAGCGACUUUCAGAUUCUGGCCUGCAUCCCGCGAGAGGGAAGCUUGCCUAUCAGCGAUUUGGCCGAUCUAGCGGGGGUACCCGAGGACCAGUUGCGCCGGGUGAUCCGUUUGACGGCGGGCUGCCGGUUUCUGCGUGAGGUACAGCCGAAUUGCGUAUCACAUACAGAGCUCUCGGGACAAUUCCUGGCCCGCCAGCCUCUCUGCGACGCGACGAAUUUCAUUGCCAACACGGUUGCCCCAGCUGCUCUACACAUGAACACAGCCACGCGUCUGGCCAUGGCCUCGAUUGACACGGAUGGAGGCAUGAGCACAAAGCAACCCCGUUCGCGGAGCCACAGCGAACACCACCCAGCUGGCCAGACAGCCUAUGACAUUGCUCUCAGGCCCAUGCAAUCUUUUCAUGCUGCACUCCAGGAGCCAUCCAAGCUCGCACGACAAUGGACUGCUUAUCUUACGCACGCAGCACAUCUGCAUUCCGAAGAUGAGCUCAUCAAUGCUUUCCUGCGUCUUCAGUGGCCGAGCUUAGGCAAUACCUGCAUAGUGGAGGUGCUGGUGCAAGUCACCGACCGCAAUACGUUGGCCUGCAUUCAGGAAAGAAGCAGUGGGGACGAGCUGCACCAUAUAAACGGCAAAAACAGGGACAGCGAUCAAAAUAGCAACGCAACCGAGAGCAACGCCGACACCCGGACAAAGGUCACUUUGCGCCAAGUUGGCUCGCUGCAGCCCGUCACCACUGCGACUGUCUACAUCCUGCAUCUUCCGCCAUCAUCGUCAGCCAUCUCCCUGCUACCCGCGCCCGGCAGCCUAGACGGUCACUGGGGGCUGGAGGCAGCAGUACGAGUGCGCGAUUUAAGCAUGCUGCAGCUAGCCAAUGAGGGCGAGAUGGAAAUGGCCGAGCUGCUCGAUAUUGUGGAGUCGGUCACAGACAACGAUGGCAAGCUGGUGGUGGCCAGUGAGCUGCGGUCGCAUGACGGGCUUGUGUUGGCCUUGGUGCUAAAACACAAGUACCACGGGUGA